GGCGAAGCGGGGCCGAUCCGGGGCCAUCCUCGGCCGGGUGGGGUUUGGGAGUCCCGGGCCCGCCUCGAGGGUCCCAGCCCGCGCCGCGCGCGUCGCCAUGCCUCGCAAAAUCGAAGAGAUCAAGGACUUCCUGCUGACGGCCAGGCGGAAGGAUGCCAAGUCUGUCAAGAUCAAGAAAAACAAAGACAACGUGAAGUUCAAGGUCCGCUGCAGCAGGUACCUGUACACCCUGGUCAUCACAGACAAGGAGAAGGCGGAGAAGCUGAAGCAGUCCCUCCCUCCAGGUUUGGCGGUGAAGGAGCUAAAAUGAAGCAGGCACAGAUUGGAACUGUAUAUUAAAAAUCUUGAAAAGACA